AGAAGCAGGGAGCCAGAAGCGAGCAUGGUACUGAUCCUGCAGCAGCAGCAGCAACAGCUCCGGAACGCUCAGCCGGCACAGCGCUCUGCCCCAGCCGCAAGCAACGCCGGGCUCCCCGCAACGCAGCUCCAUCCAGCUGCCCAGGAGCGCUAAGGCAGCCCCCCAGCCUGUAACCCCCCAGGGAUCUCUGACACCCAGACUGGAACAUCGCAACUGCACAGGGAAACUCAGCCUCAUCUAUUGCCUUUCUCUCCGCCGCUUACUGGAAGCCAAGGGCAGAGGGGCUGCUGACAAGGCGGAGGUCUGGAGACAAAUUCUUUACGUUCCCGGAUACAAUGCAAGACUCUGCUGCCUGAACUAACAUGACUUCAUCUUAAAUUCUCUCAAGGCUCCACAGUAGCAGCGUGGCAAGUUAUCAAGGAAAUGUAACUUCCCAGAGCCGGGGCUGUGUUAAGGUGCGGAAAAGAAAGAUUUGCCAGGCACUUCUUAUACAAGACUAUCUUUAAGAGGAAGCCAUUACAGUGAAUCCUGGACAAUGUCUCGGCAGCACAGCCGAUUCGAGAGGGAUUUUUGCGGCGGAUGGGAGCGAUGGGAAUGGAGCCCCAGCGGGAAUCACGUCAACGCAAGCAACAUCAACGGCACAGCCAAUGGCAACAACAGGCCAGGACUCUUACCCUUGCCAAUAGUACCAUCCCGUCUUCCUACACCAACAUCCACCACCUCUACAAUAGUGGGCAGUGACGCCGUGCCAAACAUCGCCAGCAACCCAUCCGCAGCUUCCGCUUCCAAAACUCCUGUGCUUUCCAAGACCGAGAAACAGGCACAAGGGCAACUUCUUGCCACCAGCGUGAGAUGGGGACAGACUCCUAUCAACCAGUCUACGCCAUGGGAUACAGAAGAGCCUCCAUCUAAACAGAUGAGGAAAGGUGAAAAUCCAGCUACCCCACCAUGGGUGACAACUGUCUCUGCCGGCACACAGGCAUCUCUUAUUGCCCAUUCGUAUGGAAUGACUCAACCACCAAUCUACAGCCAAGCAGCCAAUGUCCAGGCUCCUAUCAUAGGAGUCACUCCCACACUCCCACCUCACGUGGCUCCACAGCUUCCACUAAUGACGGCUCAUUACCAGCUGCAACAACACCAGCAGCCUGCACAGCCCCUGAGUAACAUGGUGGUCAACCUCCAAAGUCAAACCCUUUACAGACACAGCCAGCCAAUGGCGGUACCUUCUCUGACUGGAGUUAGUCAGGUUCCUCUCCCAGGCCACACUGCAGUAGGCAAUGGUCACAUGACAUGCCCCCUCUUGCCUCCUCCUCCUCCUGCUCAACCUUCUGCAGCCUUGCCUAAUAGUGUUCCAGACACCAAUGGGCAAACAGCCCCACAGGUUCCUCACAGCCAAACCUCCAACCCUGACAACCCCAAUGGAGUACAGAUGCUACGGACAAUUGGCAUGGGAAAGUAUGAAUUCACAGACCCUUGGUACCCAAAAGAAAUGUUGAAGGAGCUGAACCAGCAGCGCAGAGCGAAAGAGUUUACAGACCUGAAAAUUAUUGUUGAAGGCAAAGAGUUUGAAGUCCACCAAAAUGUUCUAGCCUCCUGCAGCUUGUAUUUCAAGGACCUGAUUAAAAGGUCGUCGAGAGACUCGGCCAAGAACGGAGAGAAACUGGAGUUGACUAUGUCGAACAUAAACGCUGAAGUCUUGGAAUUGCUGCUGGAGUUUGUCUACACAGGCUCUCUCAUUAUAGACUCGGCAAAUGCAAAGAUCCUUUUGGAGGCGGCAAACAAAUUUCAGUUUCAUACGUUCUGUAAAGUCUGCGUCUCGUUCCUCGAAAAACAGUUGACUGCCAACAAUUGCCUAGGGAUCUUAGCUAUGGCCGAGGCAAUGCAGUGCGUGGAGCUAUACAAUAUGGCCAAGGCCUACGCCCUGCAGAACUUCCCCGAGGUGGCCAAUCAGGAUGAGAUCCUGAAAAUAUCCAAGGAGGAUUUUGUCUCCUACAUUUCCAAUGACAGCCUGAAUACGAAAGCCGAGGAGCUGGUCUAUGAGACGGUGAUAAAGUGGAUAAAGAAGGAUCCCGGAAACAGAGCCCAGCAUUCUGCGGAACUGUUGGCUGUGGUUCGCCUCCCCUUCAUUCAUCCCAGUUACCUCCUCAAUAUUGUGGACAAUGAAGAGUUAAUAAAAUCGUCGGAGGCUUGCAGGGACCUGGUCAAUGAAGCAAAGAGGUAUCACAUGCUCCCACACGCUCGCCAGGAGAUGCAAACACCACGGACCAGGCCACGGCUCUCAGCAGGUGUGGCUGAAGUGAUUGUCCUGGUCGGUGGGCGGCAGAUGAUAGGAAUGAAUCAGAGGACCCUCACAGUGGUCACAUGUUUAAAUCCACAAAUCAACAAAUGGUACCCGUUGGCCAGUCUGCCAUUUUAUGACCGGGAGUUUUUCAGCGUAGUGAGUGCUGGAGACAAUAUCUACCUUUCAGGUGGCAUGGAAGCUGGCGUCACCCUUGCCGAUGUUUGGUGCUAUAUGUCUUUGCUGGAUAACUGGAAUUUAGUGUCCCGGAUGAUUGUUCCACGGUGUCGACACAACAGCGUUGUUUACGAUGGGAAGAUUUAUACCAUUGGCGGACUUGGUGUUGCCGGCAACGUAGACCAUGUUGAGAGGUAUGAUACCAUCAUUAACCAAUGGGAAACAGUGGCUGCCCUUCCCAAGCCUGUGCACUCUGCUGCUGCCACGGUGUGUGGAGGCAAGAUCUACGUGUUCGGUGGGGUGAACGAAGCCGGCCGAGCGGCUGGGGUGCUGCAGUCCUAUAUACCACAAACAAACACAUGGAGCUUCAUAGAAUCCCCCAUGAUAGAUAAUAAAUAUGCCCCAGCGGUCACUCUCAAUGGCUUCAUCUUUAUCCUCGGAGGGGCUUACGCCAGAGCGACUACAAUCUAUGACCCUGAGAAGGGGAAUAUAAAAGCCGGGCCCAACAUGAAUCACUCCAGGCAGUUCUGCAGCGCCGUGGUCCUGGAUGGUAAAAUCUACGCCACAGGGGGGAUCGUCAGCAGCGAGGGACCAGCACUCGGAAACAUGGAAUUCUAUGAUCCAAAGUCAAAUACGUGGACUCUAUUACCCAACAUGCCUUGCCCUCUUUUCCGCCAUGGAUGUGUAGUGAUAAAGAAAUACAUUCAGAGCGGGUGACAGAGAAACUCGGUCCAUACGCAGAGCUUUUUUAAAAAUUUUUUUUAACCCUUUCAGCGGCGACCAUUGCCAGAUCUGAAGAGGUUAACCAUAUUUUUUUCCCUGCUUUAGCAGCAUUUUAUUAUUUUUUUUUCAUUUUUAGAAGAGCAGAAAAAAACGGACGAUGGACAUUUUUUGUUUUGUUUUCCUCUGCGGGUACUGAAUAAAGUCUACAUUGAAUGUAGAAGAUCAUCCUCACCCUUGGGUGAUGCCGGAGCUUUGGGCUCCAAGCUAUGUACAAAACUGUAACUGACGGGGCAGAUGUGUCCCGCUCGGUCCCAUAGUGGCACUCGCUGUCACCGCCGGUGCAAUAGAUUCCCAUAUUUUUUACUGGGGUUGCAUAUAAUGGAGUGGGUUAUUGAUCUGAUUUUUACAUAGAGACGUGAGGAUUUUAAUGGUCUUUUGUUUUUUCAGGUUGAUUGUACAAAAUAAUCCUUCUACCAACUCCCUGGUGAGAAUACUGGGGGGGCUUUCUAGGUUACUUGCUGCAUAAUCUCACGGGUGGGCGCUGAGGAAGCUGACCCCCAAAACAGUUUGUCAAAGAACAUCAGGAGAAGAUUUACCGUAGGCACCUUGGUACCCUUCUGCAUUCUGCCGGAGACCUACCAGUAUAUAUAUUGCUUCUCCUCUAUCUAUUAGAUAAGCAGAGAUAGCUACGGAAAGUACAAUAUGUAGCUGAAUUAUACAAUAACCAGGAAUACAGGGGCCUCACAACCAUGGUUUACAGCUCAGUGUGUUCAACUCUGUGAUUCGCUACUCAAGGAUGUCAGCUGACUCCAUCUCCCUAUUCCAUUGGAAAACAUGGUAUAUUUGUUUGUAUUCAUUUACAGCAGCUCCCUAUGCCUUUACCCCAGUGCUGCCAAUUUAACAUGCAUGCAGGAUUCUCCAAUCAGGCGUUACCUGUAAUCUAGCUCCGCCUAUUCUCUGUUUCUGCUCAGUACUGAAGGGGAAGGGGGGGCAUAAAACUGACCAGUUAUAGAUUAGAAUGGUUUCUCUUUCUGAUUUAAACAAACUAGGGCCCAAGGUGUGGAUAAAUGGAGAGUUAGUGCUUGGGACGGCCAAGGAAGCGCUCUAACAAUCCGGCCACUGGAGGCACUGUUUAGUGUCAGGGGUCAAGAUGUACUUUGUGGCUAAAAUCAUCCCAACUCUAUGCAGAGUUACACUAUAACAUACACAGGGAUGUGACUUCAGGGGUCCUACCCUGUAAAGAAAAAAAAUCUGAGCCUUGGGCACCCCUGCACGGCUGUGGGGUCUACUUCCUCGGCACAACUGAGCCCCGCCCCAUGAAUACAGGGCUGCCUUGCUGUGCUCCUCCCAACACUGAUUUCCCACCCCACGGCUCUGAUUUCAUACGUGCACUUUUUUGCCCCUUAGUGCUCUUGCACUUGUCCGGGGUCUCUUUAAAUGACCUUCCAUGCUUUGUAGGAUGGUUUCCUGGUCCUAAAGGAAGCGGAACGACCCCCAUUGGUGCCGAGCAGAAAUGUAAUAUUUACAGUAGAUAAACCAUACACGACUGUGACUUAAGUAUCCUGCAUUUGGAAUUUCAUAAUCUGGUUGCUAGGGUCACUGACCCCAAUAGCUGGGAAGGAUUUGAUAUUGUACAGAACAAAUAAGUAAUAAACAGUCAUUAUAACAUAUCUAGCCUCACAACCAAUACGCUUUCCAGUUGCUGGGGCCACUGAGCAUAGCAACCAUGUGGAAUGUUAAACUCCAGACUGGCAGCAUAAAAAGACUUCCAACCCAUAAUAAAGGCCAAUGUCAAAUGCUCUUCUUCUACCUCCUGACAUUUAACUGAAAGUUGUUAUAGCCCUUAAAUUAAUGGCUAAUAUGGAAGUGAACCCAGACUGAUUAUAUGGUUGGUUACUUGGGGAUAUGCUGUACAUACAGUGAGUUACAUAUUGGCAGAAUUCACAUAGGAACAUUCUACCUUUCCAGCCACCCAGUCAGCCUCUGGCGCUGUUCUAUUGCAUCCCUAUGGCAGAGCUGGCUGGUUUCUGCAUCUGGUGAGAAGUGGUACUGCAGCUGUUCCUUAACCCCUUGUUUUAUAUUUACAGCAAUAUCUUUGGAUACUGAAAAAAAAGCUCCCCCUUCAUUUUAAUCAGCUGCAAAGUUGCUACAAAAUAUCUGUUUCCAGGAACAUAUUAUUUUAUUUUGGGUACAGUUAUACAGCCCUUUAAUUCUACCAUAAAGGUCAAUAUUCCCAUCUGCUACAUUAUAGUUAUUGUCCAGAAAAGAAAUCAUUUAAGAGGCUGUUUCCUUUGUGUCCUGUAAUACAUUAGUGUGUUCUUGUCCUGGAAAUUUGCAUUACACUAGCCAACCUUAAAUACUAACUUAACCCCCUUCUCUGCAUAAUAACCUGUACCUUAACCCCCUUCUCUGCAUAAUAUCCUGUACCUUAACCCCCUCUCUGCAUAAUAACCUGUACCUUAACCCCCUUCUCUGCAUAAUAUCCUGUACCUUAACCCCCUCUCUGCAUAAUAUCCUGUACCUUAACCCCCUCUCUGCAUAAUAUCCUGUACCUUAACCCCCUCUCUGCAUAAUAUCCUGUACCUUAACCCCCUGUUCUCCAUAAUUUCCUGUACCUUAACCCCCUUCUCUGCAUAAUAUCCUGUACCUUAACCCCCUCUCUGCAUAAUAUCCUGUACCUUAACCCCCUGUUCUCCAUAAUUUCCUGUACCUUAACCCCCUUCUCUGCAUAAUAUCCUGUACCUUAACCCCCUUCUCUGCAUAAUAUCCUGUACCUUAACCCCCUGUUCUCCAUAAUUUCCUAUACCUUAACCCCCUUCUCUGCAUAAUAUCCUGUACCUUAACCCCCUUCUCUGCAUAAUAUCCUGUACCUUAACCCCCUUCUCUGCAUAAUAUCCUGUACCUUAACCCCCUUCUCUGCAUAAUAUCCUGUACCUUAACCCCCUGUUCUCCAUAAUUUCCUGUACCUUAACCCCCUUCUCUGCAUUAUAUUAUGUAAUUUAACCCCCUAUUCUACUUAAUAUUCAGUAACUUGACCCCCUUUACUACAUAAUAUCCUGUAACUUAACCCCCUUCCCCCAAUAAUGUCCUAUAGCUUAACCCACUGUUCUGCAUAAUAUUCAGUAACUUAACCCCCUUUACUAUAUAAUAUCCUGCAGCUUAACCCCCUCUCUGCAUAAUAUCCUGCAGUUUAACCCCUUCUCUGCAUAAUAUCCACUGUUAACCCCCUUCUCUGCAUAAAUAUCCUGUAACUUAACCCCUUCUCUGCAUAAUAGCCCGUAUCCAUGUAAUUUAACCCCCAAUUCUGCUUAAUAUCCAGUAACUUGACCCCCUUUACUACAUAAUAUCCUGUAACUUAACCCACUGUUCUGCAUACUGUUCAGAAACUUAACCCCCUUUUCUAUAUAAUAUCCUGUGACUUGACCCCCUUCUCUGCUUAAUAUCCUGUAGAUGAGUCCCCCUUCUUGCCCAGUAGUGGAUGGGGGUAUGAGGCAAUGGACACUGGUGGAGCACAUAAUGGGCUCAAAUGGAUGUAUAAACGCUAACAGGGGUUUAAUAUGGGGUGAAACCCUGUAUAAUAUUGAAUAUAAGCGGUUGAUACUGUACCAACGCGUUCCUGUCGCCCGCAGAUGGAUCUUUCUCAGAUAAUUCACUUGUUAUAAGCUAUUUUUUUUGACAAACUGUUUAUUGCCUUUUUAUGUUACUGCAUUAUUUUAACGGAAAGCAAAUUGUAGACCAGAAACUUUAUAGAAAACUGUUUAGUCUUCCUGCCGGUCUUAACCAAUCUGAAUGUUCUGCUACUGUACAAUGACAUGUAACACAGAGAGAAAGACAGCAUAUAUAUAUAUAUAUAUUAUAUUUAUAACUAAAAGAUGUUUCCUAUCAAAUGGCUCUUUGCCGGACCCUAAGGACGUUGUUAUUGUGUGAUCUUUGCCAUUGCUAGCGGGUCCCAUAUACCUGAUAGCACAAGUACUAGUGACCAUUCAAUUCUUAGGGUUUGCAGAGGGAUAAAUACAGGAUUGGAAUGAAAUAACAUGGUGCCCUGGGAGUUACUAUACAUGGGGGGGAAGAAUCAGUCCUACUCAGUAAUGUCCAACCUGUGAUGCUUCCUGGGAGGGGCAGUAGAGAUCCCCUCAGGUUGGACAUGCCUGGCAGGCUUUGCCCCUCGGCCCUACCCUUAGUAAAUAAAUAAGAUGUACGGGAGGUAACACUUCUUCCUCAGGACCUGAGUGCUUGUUGUGGCCAAAUGUCUAGCCUACGGACUUCUGUGUGGUCUUCUGGCCGAAAUUCUAUACGAUUACCAUGCCACAUUGUGGUGUCCGGAUAUGUCCAAUAUCUAGAACCCUACAAUGGUAGGGCCUGUUCUGCCUAUAACGACUUCCCUCCCAUAGUUCACAGGACUGAUCAUAUAUAGGAAAACCUGCAGCUUACAUAUGGUAUAGUCUGGAAGGGUUCACAAUUCAUAUUGGCAGGUAAAUUUACAGAAUCUUGGGUCAAAGUGCCAGCAAUUCAGUUCACCAUGAUAUAUAUCCCAAGUGUUUUCAGUCCAACUAGCCACUGGUGAACGCUAAUGAGAGGUUGGUUCUUCAGCAGAAGACAAUAUAGUAAGGCAAGCUGUAGGAACACAAAGCAGGUAUUGGCCCCAGACACUUCAUUAAUGCAGACUUCCAUUGACCAAUGGUAACGCAGACUUCCAGUGACCUUCCUGUACUAGUUCAUGCAGAUCAGUAGCCGGACUCUUGGCUGUUUGUUUGGGAGAUUUUGAUGUAUAAAACCUUGGGUCAAAGUGCCGGUAUUCUAGUCAACCAUGAUACCCCUAGUGUUUUCAGUCCGACUCACCACUGGUGGAUGCUAAUAAGAGGCGGGUUCUUCAGCAGAAGACAAUAUGGCAGCUGUAAGAACACAAAGCAGGGAUUGGCCCCAAAUGUUUCAUUCAUGGUAACACAGACUUCCAUUGACCAAUGGUAACGCAGACUUCCAUUGACCAAUGGUAACACAGACUUCCAUUGACCAACGGUAAUGCAGACUUCCAUUGACCAAUGGUAACGCAGACUUCCAUUGACCAAUGGUAACGCAGACUUCCAUUGACCAAUGGUAACACAGACUUCCAUUGACCAAUGGUAACACAGACUUCCAUUGACCAACGGUAACACAGACUUCCAUUGACCAAUGGUAACGCAGACUUCCAUUGACCUCCCUGUACAAGUUCACGUGGAUCAGUAGCACCGCUCUUGGUUGGUUGGAAGGUGUCUCUGUUAUGGAAAGGGAUGUAUGGGAAUGUAAAUCUUUUGUAUACAUUUUUGUUCUUAUUCUAAGCAUUCUUUGAUUAAAAAAUGUAAAAUAAAAAAAAGCACAAGUGUUUCAAGUACCUUCUAGGUCCUUCAGAGGGUGAACCUUUAACUAUAGGAGCACAAGCUACAAUCUGCCUGAAGCAGGCUGUUUUUUUUUCAAGAUGGCGUCUCCGGGUCUUUUACCUCCAAGGGAGGUUCCUAGAAUACGAGGGAGAGACUCCAUACACACAAACUCCACGUCACGCAGCUCCUCACACUGAAAUAAAUACAAGACUUUCUGUGAAUAAUAGAAAUACAGGGUUAUCUGUAAUGGUACUGUACAUAGUUUAUGUUAAUGGUUAAGAUCUUGUUAUAUUACAAUAAAUAUAUUUAUAGACCUAG